AUGCCCGCUAUUGAACCAGGUUCUCUCGUCCUUGUGACCGGUGCUUCAGGAUAUAUCUCUUCGCACACUGUUGAAGCGUUGCUCGAUCGAGGUUAUAACGUUAGAGGAACAGUACGAAGUCAAGAUAAAGGAGAAUACUUGAAAAACUUGUUCAAAGAUAAGAAAGGCUCAUUCGAGUAUGCUAUCGUAAAGGAUAUCGGUGAGGCAGGAGCUUUCGAUGAGGCUGUAAAAGGAGUAGACGGUGUUGCCCAUAUGGCAAGUCCAUUCCACUUCAAUGCUGAAGAGCCAGAGGAACUCUUCAGACCUGCCAUUCAAGGUACAGUAGGUGUACUUGAAAGUCUGAAGAAGAACAACCCAAACGUCCAAAGAGUGGUCGUAACUAGUUCCGUUGCAUCCGUCAUGAACUCAAAUAUCAAGCCUCCCCAUACAUUCACGGAGAAAGAUUGGAAUGAUGUGUCCCCUAAAGAAUGCGAAGAACAGGGAAAGAACGCUUCUGGACAAGCCAAAUACAGAGCCAGUAAAGCCCUUGCCGAACGAGCCUUUUGGAAAUUCUUUUCAGACAACAAACCAUCUUUUGACGGUGUAGCAAUCAACCCACCUUUGGUACUUGGUCCAAUUAUCCAUCAAUGUGAUAGCCCGGAAUCACUCAAUACCUCUGUUGCUGUCUACUAUUCAUGGCUCAAGGGUGAAAAAACCGAAAAGGAUCUUCCAGCUGGUGGUAUGAACUACGUAGAUGUUCGGGACACUGCCCUUGGUCAUGUGCUCGCUUUGACUACUCCUGAAGCUAGCGGAGAAAGGUUUAUCACUGGUAACGGACCGGUAAGCGGUAACGACUAUGUGCUUCAAAUCGCCAGAGAUUUCCCAGACCUCAAGAAUAUCCCUAAGGGUAAUGACGAUGCUGAAUUCAAGAAGAAGCUUGCCUCGGAUGCGAUCAUACACGAUGGGUCAAAAGCCACGCGUGUCCUUGGUCUCAAGUAUCGAUCAGUCGAUGAUACUCUCAAGGAAAUGGGUCAAUCUCUCAGAGAAAGGUUCAACUUCUAA